GUUUGAUGAAUGCGUUUUUCCCCACAGUGCACUGCGAAGGAGCAUGGCUGACUUGUCUAGGAGUGUCACCCAAACGCGAAUGAAUGUGCUGUUUCGGUGUCACAACAGCUGACCUUUUUAAUUCAAGACAAUUUCAUAUUCAAGUCUGUAAAGUUUCUGUUGCAGGUUAUGUUUUUAUAAUCACGCUGUGAGGAGCUGACGAGUCCCUGCGUUUAUAUUUCCGCAGCACCCAUCUGUGAUAGCUGACCAGAGCCGAGAUGGCAAGCGUUGUAGCCAAGCGCGAGGGACCACAAUUCAUCAGUGAAGUAGCUGUGAGGGGCAACGCUGCCGUGCUGGACUACUGCCGCACCUCUGUAUCCGCUCUGUCCGGAGCUACAGCUGGCAUCCUCGGGCUGACUGGACUGUAUGGCUUUGUUUUUUAUUUCCUGUCUGCGUUUCUCCUGUCCCUGCUGCUCAUUCUCAAGGCCGGACGGAGGUGGAACAAAUGCUUUAAAUCGCGGCGGCUGCUCUUCACCGGGGGCCUUGUCGGAGGUCUUUUCACUUACGUCCUGUUCUGGACUUUCCUCUACGGAAUGGUGCAUGUGUAUUAAAUUGAACUAUCACAAAUAUCCCUGAAUUAAUCCUCUCUAAUGCUACGUAAACCAAUAAUAUUGUCUGCCCUGCUGUUUGUAGAUAAGCGAUUAGUGAAAGCCGUUAGAUUUUUCUGUUUUGAACUGUUAAACAGGCGAUGUGUCAAUAAUUAUAGUAUGCAGAAUAAACUGUCCUUUUACCCUUCCUGCUCCACACUAGUGACUAUAAACUUAUUAAACCUGAAUCUCCUGCGCUGUGCUCGGUGUCAUGCAUACCAGGAUAAGAGCAGUUAUGAUCAAGUAGGUUGUAGUGUAAUAGAUAAAAACAGAUGUAAUCCUAACAAGGUGUGUAUGCCCUUGGCAUUACAUUUCAUGUACAAUACUAUGGUUAAAUUAUAACAAAUCCGAUUACUGAUUGGAAUAAAUAACUGUACAACUUG